AUGCUGGCUCACGACUUCUUAAAGAAAGAUGAUAGGAAUUUUGCUCCAACCUCAUCGUCCAAAUCGGCAUCAUACUUUGGGUUUCUAAUUUUAGCUAAGUUGAUGAGAUGUAUAGGUAUAUUUUGCAUAGAUAUACUAGCCAAGAGCGUACAUGUAGUUGGGUUGUUAUGGUUGUUAAAACUGAUCUCCUCCUUGGUGUUGAUGCCGGUUCAAAAGCCGCUGUCUGCUGGAAAAUCCAUAAGAAAACCUUUGAUGAUCCGAGUUGCACGAAUUUCCCUAGUCAAUUGUGCAAUUGAAAUCCUUUGGUUCUACGGUAUUACAUUUUGUGGACCCUUGAGAUCUGUUCUCGUAUUCGAACUGAGUCCAUCCCUACUACUUGUAGCCGUUGCGUCCUUCUUCAAGGGAAACUCAUCCCCUUCUAAAAGCCGAGGUCUAAUGCUUUUGAUCGUUGGGUUUGUGUCAUUGAUGUUACUUGAUCAAGACCAUACCAUAGAGGAGUCACAUAAUAAAACGCAUUCUCAUCACAGUGGACUCAAUCACUUGUUUUACCAUCUCAUUAACUUAUUUGGAGUUGCUGAUCACCAGGGAGGAGUUUUCAUCUUACUAAUUGCUUUACUUCUUCGAAUCGGUUAUGAUACGUCUUUCCGUCAUUUGGCUGUGGAGAUUGGAGGUCCAAAACGUUUAUAUUCACUUGUCACUCUUUUUUCUGCAAUUUUUUUGACUCCGUUAGCUGUGCUUCUUGUCACUAUGGGAGUGAGUUUUGUGACCAGUUAUGUUGAGCUUAUCUUCUACGCUACUCUUGCUGCACUUUUCGUGAUGGUCUUGGAUUUUUACGCCGAAAGUGUUUGUUUCCAACAUGUAGCUGAUCCUGUUUUGGCUUCUGCUCGCUGGUCUCCUAUCACCAUGUUUACUUGUGCCUUAGGUCUAGCGUACAUGUGGUAUAGUGGAGACGUGAUGGGUUCUCAUCCUGUCACUGGUGGUGUCGUAGUAACAGUUGUUUCUUUCAUUUUAGCAUCUAUUUCCUUAACAUCCAACUCUUCGCCUAAGCAUAGAGGAGGCCACUUUGUGGGAAUAUCUGACAGUGGUCAACCAUUGUUCACGUAUGGUGAAGCGUUCUUACAGAAAACUAGUAGAUCGCUUUUGUUAUUCUUUCAGGAAACUUUGAGAGAAAUUUUGAAUAAUUCUGACUCAAGGCGUAUAUUCUAUUUCCUCUGCGUCAACUUAGCUUUCUGCGGUGUCGAGUUUCUUUAUGGUUUCUGGACUAACAGUUUGGGAUUAAUUUCGGACGGUUUUCAUAUGCUUUUUGAUUGUAGUGCUCUGGUUAUGGGAUUAGUGGCUUCGGUUAUGGCUAGAUGGCCAGCAUCUCGGCAUUUCAGUUAUGGUUUUGGACGUGUUGAGAUUUUGUCCGGGUUCAUUAAUGCUCUAUUCCUGUGCGUUAUUGCGGUUUUCAUUCUGAUAGAAGCUCUGGAAAGGUUGUUCGACCCGCCGAAUAUUAAUACUGAUAAACUUCUGUUUGUCGCUGUGUCGGGUCUACUCGUAAAUCUUUUCGGAAUGUAUUCGUUCCAUGGAGGCGAUGAACAUGGACAUCAUCAUGGACACUCUCAUGGCGGUGGCUCACAUGGCCAUUCUCAUGGAAAUGCUAACAUGGAGGGAGUGUUCUUGCAUGUGUUAGCUGAUACUCUUGGAAGUGUAUUUGUUAUUAUUUCAACACUCUUGAUGCAGUGGUUUGGAUGGAAAUGGGUUGAUCCCUUCUGUUCUCUUAUUUUAUCAUUACUCAUCUUGGGAUCUGUUUUACCUCUGCUAAAGUCUAGUGUGAACACUCUUCUACAAGAUAUCCCCGAUGAAGAAGAGUUUGAAACUCAUUUAGCUGAAGUUCUUGACGUUGAUGGGGUAGAGUCUUUCUCUAAUGCACACAUGUGGCAGUUAAAGAGUGACUUGAACGUGGCAACCGUACAUGUACAAGCUCGAAGCGAUGCCAAUGCUCAAAUGAUCAGGCACAAAGUUGCGUCACUUCUUAAGACAGCCGGAGCUCAGCAGGCUACUGUUCAAGUGGAAAAAGAACACUUUAUACAAAGGAUUACUCAAGUUUGCCCUUCUUACAAGCCUGGUCAUAAGGUAACAAGAGGGUCAAUGAUUGUGCGGGAGAAAAAACAUGAUGCUCAUGGACAUGGGCAUUCGCAUAAUGGACAUGGGCAUAGCCACGAUCACAAUGGGCAUGGACACUCUCAUUAA